UCUCUCUCUCUCUCUCUCUCUCUCUCACGCACCUGACGACACACGAUGAUAUUCUCGCACCGCCACGGCCGCCACCACUACGGUGCGCAGUACGGGUCGCGGGCAGCGCAUGAGCCGCUGACGCCGCGUACGCUGAUGCAGCAGGUGCAGCAGGCCGGCGUGUUCGACUCGCUGCUGCAGGACGUGGCAGACAGUGCAACGCCGACGCAACAGGAGCAGCAGCAGCAACCGCAGCAGGGCAAGGGAAAGGGGAAGGUAGAUGGGGUGAAGGUGGAUGCUGGACCCGAUUUGACCAACAUUGCCAUUGUUGAGCUCACUGAUCUCUCCAUCAAAGAGACAAAGGAGGAUGCGUACAUCACGCUCAUGUAUGAGGCGCAACCAACGCAGUGCAAGCAGUGCGGACUCAGGUUCCCGGACAACGCGAGUGAAGAGUUUAAACUUCAUUAUGACUGGCACUUCCGAAAGAACCAAGAGCGGCAACAGGCGGCGGUCGUGUCGCGCGGAUGGUAUCUCUCCGAGACCGACUGGGUCAAAUACGCAGGGUCAAAGCUUGACACUAUGCCUGAGCCGGAGACACAGGAGCAGAAGAAAGCGGAGGAGGAGCGAGCCCGCACUAUUCUGGGGACGCAGCGCGUGAAGGCAAAGGACGACCAGCGGUGCAAGAUCUGCCGUGAGAAGUUUGGCACAUACUACGACGACGAAGAGGAGGAGUGGCUGUUGCAGGACGCCAUCGAGACCGACGAAGGGCUGUUCCACAUCUCGUGUUACGAGGUUGCAAGCCGCCCUGAGUUGCAGUCCUCCCGCACGUCUUCAACAGUGUUCUCGCCAACAGCGACGCGAACAGCGAGCCAGUCCGAGGACCAACUCGGCAGUGGCGGUGGUGAUGGUGAUGAUGGUGAUGCAGGUCGUGAUGAUGGUGGUGGUGAUGGUGGCCCGCCCACGAAGAAGGCGCACCGCGAAUAA